AUGCGCCGAAAUACUGCCAUUGGCGUGUUGGCGACAUGCCUCACCUUAGCCUCUGCAACACUGCAAACCAGCCAGAAUGAAAGCACGAUCACUCUGGCAAAUGACCGCCUGACCGCGGUCUUUGCAACCAACAAAGGCAGAAUUGUCGACCUCUCCCUCGAUAACCAGGACCUGCUCGGUCCUCAAUCAGGGGAUACAGGGACCGGUCCCUACCUGGAUUGCUAUUGCAUCCCUUCGGGCUUUUACACACCUGGAUCCACAAGCCCCAGCAUGGAGGUCGUGGAGGGGACAGAUGCUACCGGAACCAAAUAUGCCGGUGUGAUCAUGAACGAGACAUACCCUCCGACAGGCCAGCAAUUCCAGCAAUACUGGUUUCUACGUGAUGGUGAGACGGGUCUGCACACUUUCAGUCGGCUCGCCUACUACAACGAAACUACGCCGUUCUUGCGCAACCUGCAAGAGUUCCGGACUCUUUUCCGGCCUAACACGGAUUUGUGGACGCACCUGACUUCGAGCGAGGUUCAGACUGCUCCCCUCCCUAGUAAAGAAGCUAUCAGCAAAGAAAUCGUCGUUCAGGAUGCAACUUGGACAUUCAACAACACCCCCGAAGAUGCGUAUUAUACUCAAUUCUCGGAAUACUUCACCAAGUAUACUUUCUCAAAUGAUUGGCGCGAUAACUCGGUUCACGGUAUGUAUGCGGAUGGAACCACGUCUGAUGGCACGACAUACGGAGCGUGGCUGGUGAUGAACACAAAGGAUACAUACUACGGUGGACCCUUGCAUUCCGACCUUACCGUUGAUGGUAUCGUUUACAACUACCUGGUGUCGAAUCACCACGGAGAAGGAACCCCAAAUAUCACUUACGGUUUUGACCGCACUUUCGGUCCUCAGUACUACCACUUCAAUGGCGGAAAGGGGUCCAAAUCGACCUUGGAAGAGCUGAGGUCUGAUGCUGAAACUUAUGCGAAUCCUAGCUGGAACGUGAAGUUCUAUGAUUCGAUCGCCAACCACGUGGUAGGGUAUGCGCCUUCAAGUGUUAGAGGUACAGUGCAGGGACACAUCAAGCUUCCCAAAGUAGCAACCCGGCCGAUCGCUGUACUCACGGUAGAUGGGCAAUACUUCCAGGACAACUCAGUUGACCCGUCAUCUUACCAAUACUGGGCUGAGAUUGACAAGAAUGGGAAAUUCAACAUUGACCACGUCAAAGAGGGCAAGUACCGGCUCACUGUGUAUGCGGACGGUGUCUUCGGUGAUUAUGAACGCGAUGGCGUGCGAGUACAGGCUGGCAAGACUACGAAAGUUCAGGAGACAUGGGUUGAGGAAUCCGCAGGCACCGAGGUCUGGCGGUUAGGCACCCCCGACAAGUCAUCGGGAGAAUUCCGCCGCGGCGUUGCUAGAGAUGAAACCCAUCCACUGCACCCUCCGCAGUAUCUAAUCUAUUGGGCUGCCUACGACUGGCAGGAAGACUUCCCCAACGGAGUCAAUUACACGAUUGGAAGCAGCGAUCCUGCCACGGAUUUCAACACGGUGCAGUGGUCCGUGUUUGGUCCGACCCCGAACAAUCCCGAUGUCGAGUACGACACCACGCACGAUUGGACCAUCAACUUCAAGUUGGAUAAGAAGCAGCUGCAAAAGAGCAAGAAGGCGACGUUGACCAUCCAGCUUGCAGGCGCGAAGACCGCGUCCGGUAACACCGAUGUAUGGAACCCAGCCGAGGAAUACAACAAUCUCUCGUUGGAGAGUUAUAUCAACGGCCAAGAGGAGCCCUUGAGCAUGGUGAUCGGGUUCAAUCAGUCCAGUAGCUGCAUUGUCCGGUCUGCCGUCAGUUGCUACCAGGUUCGAUCACGGAUGGAGUUCCCAGCUGACUGGCUGGUGGUCGGAAAUAAUGUCUUGACGUUGCAUUUGCCGUACAAUGCCACGGACACGGAGACGGCGAUUUUGCCUGGGACGGUAUAUGUGCAGUAUGAUGCCUUGAGAUUGGAGGUGUCAUAA